GAGGCUGUAAUCAUGGAGGCUUGUGUCCCCUUUGACAGGUGAUAAAGUGACAGCCUCUUACAUUGAAUGCAUUUCAGACAGACUGUAAUAACGCAUACAAGGAAGACAAAAUAAUUGUGAUAUUUUGCAUUAUUAAAAUCCAAGACUUCCCACUGUCAAUCUCACUAAAAGGACGGAAGUCAUUCCGAAAUUGUUGACAUUUUUUCGCUCGACGGGAGCUUGUCGGACAAGUUUCCAUUAAUCAUUGGACAUCUAUUACAUACUUAAAGCAAACGAUGUAUGAAAAUAUAUAACGAAUCCCAGAUCAGUGUUGAACAUUGACAUUGUGCGUAAACGAAAUGCUUGUUUAUCAGCAAAUAUCCUCGUAAAGUAGUGUAAACAUUUACUUCCGGUCAUUUUUAAAUUGACAUCAGUUACCGCAGAAGAAUGGCUACACUUGACCCAGAAUAUAAGAUAAGAUUAAGUAAAGUGGAGGAGAGGCUGCGAAAUCCAAACUCAGAGUUGAAUAUUAACAGCUUAUUGGAUGGCUUGGCAGCACUGGUGGCAGAUCUGGACUAUCCGGCAAUUAGAAGAAACAAAUGUGCAGAUCAGUUCUUAAAUAGAUAUAACAAGCCCGUAGAAUUUGUGAACAGUUGUCGUAUGCAACAUAAAGACUUUGAAGUUGUGAAAGUAAUUGGUCGAGGAGCUUUUGGAGAAGUCCAACUGGUACGACAUAGAUCUACAAGAAAAGUAUAUGCCUUAAAGUUACUGAGUAAAUAUGAAAUGAUUAAAAGGUCUGAUUCUGCCUUUUUCUGGGAGGAAAGAGAAAUAAUGGCCAAUGCUAACAGUAAAUGGAUAGUACAGCUACAUUAUGCUUUCCAAGAUUCCAAGUAUUUAUAUAUGGUGAUGGACUAUAUGCCUGGUGGAGACUUGGUCAAUCUGAUGAGUAAUUAUGAUGUCCCUGAGAAAUGGGCCAAAUUUUACUGUGCUGAGGUGGUACUUGCUUUAGAUGCUAUUCAUUCUAUGGGAUUUGUACAUAGGGAUGUUAAACCAGACAACAUGUUAAUUGAUCAAGCUGGACAUUUAAAGUUAGCUGAUUUUGGUACUUGUAUGAGAAUGGAUAAGGAUGGAAUGGUUAGGGCUGAUACUGCUGUAGGAACCCCAGAUUAUAUAUCUCCUGAAGUUCUCCAAUCACAAGGAAGACCAGGCCACUAUGGCAGGGAAUGUGAUUGGUGGUCUGUUGGAGUCUUUCUGUAUGAAAUGUUGGUUGGUGAUACUCCAUUUUAUGCAGAAUCGUUAGUGGGAACAUACAGUAAAAUUAUGGACCAUAAAAACUCACUGACCUUUCCUUCAGAAAUUGAAAUGAGUCAUGAUGCAAAAGAUUUAAUCUGUGCUUUUUUAAUGGAUAGAACUGAAAGACUGGGUAGAAAUGGAGUAGAAGAAAUAAAAGCCCAUAGAUUUUUCAAAAAUGAUCAGUGGAACUGGCAAAGUAUACGAGAUGCUGUACCACCAGUAGUACCAGAACUUAGUAGUGAUAUAGAUACUAGUAAUUUUGAAGACAUAGAUAAAGAUGAUGGACCUGAGGGUUCGUUUGAAAUACCAAAAGCUUUCGCUGGAAAUCACCUACCUUUUAUAGGAUUUACUUAUAAUAGAGAUUACCAAUUUUCAAUGGACAGUUCAGGUGGUGGUGGAAAGUCAAUGUCUUCUGGGAAUGAUGAAGAUAAAAGAAAGUUAGAGGAUCAGAUACGGACAUUGAAAUCUGGGAAAGAAGAUAUUGAAAGAAAAUACAUGCAGGCAGUGCAGAGUUUAGAUAGGCUGAACUCAGAAGAAGGAAAGAUAAGACUAGAAAGAAGUGAACUUGAAAGAAAAGUAGCUCUUAUUCAACAUGAUCUUAAAGAGACACAAAGAAAAUUGGACAAUGAAUUUGAGAAUAAAAGAAAACUUGAAAUGAUGAUAAGGGAGAAAGAAAAAUUACUGGACAGUGAGAUGAGUGCAAGGAAAGAAUUAUCUAGUAAUAAAAUGCACAAUCAUGAAAAAGUAGCCACUCUAGAGAAAUCGAUUGCUGACCUGAAUGAGAAGUUGCAGUUGGAAUCAGAAAUGGCCGCUAGGUUUAAAAAAUCCUACUCAGAAUUACAACAGAGAUAUAAUUUAUCAGAAAAAAAUUACAACGAACUGAAUUACAAGUAUAAUGAAAUACAAAAUAUAAAGCUGUCUUUAGAGAAAGAGGUGAUGACUUUACAAGAUAGCUUGGACCAUGAAAUGAGCAGUAGGAACCAUGCAUCAGAAGAAACAUUGGAACUUCAAGAAAAAGUAAGAGGAUUACAGAUGGAAAAACAAAAAGCAGAAGAAAAAGAAAGAAUUACCAAUAAAGAAAUCCAGCGGUUACAGGAAAGGAUAGUUAAGUUAGAAAAGAGUAAAAAUAAUUUGGAACUGGAAUUAGACACAUAUAAAAAGAAGUUUACCGAUGAGAAAAAUGCUCAUCAAACAACAAUAGAUCGAUUUAAUGCUGAUAAGAAAACCAUCAAGGAAACUACUGAAACUACAACAUUAAGUGCUAUUAAAGAUAUACAGAUAAAGUUGGAACAGGAGAAAACUGCACGACAAUCAGCUGAGACAAGAUUGUUGGAAGUAGAGAAAUAUAAGGCUGAUUUAUCUGUAGAUAUCAAUCAGUGUGAACAACAACUCGCAAAUCUACAGAAUGAAUAUAGAAAUGAAAGGGACAAGUCCAAAAAUCUAUCAUUACAAGUUGAGCAAGAAAUACAGAGAAGAAAUUUAAUGCAGUCUGACUUUAAAGCCCAGGCUGUUGAAUUAGCUCGAUAUAAAACAAUAGAAAAACAGCUUAAUAAGGAAAUAGCUGAUUUAAAAGAAGCAUCAAGAAGUUCAGAAUCAGAAAUCAGAAAGUUAAGAGAGGACCUUUCAGUUAAUGAAUUACAAAUGAAAGAAUUACAGGACCAGUUAGAAGCUGAACAGUAUUUUUCAUCAUUAUACAGAACACAAGUGAAAGAAUUAAAGGAUGAUGUAGAAGAGAAAAAUAAAAGUUAUGAAGACAUACAAACAGAUCUAAUAGCAUUAGAGGAGGAAAAGGACUCACUAGUCCAGCAGUUACAGUUAGCUCUUGCCAAAGCUGAAUCAGAACAUAUAGCCUUAACAAUAGCUGAAGAACAAUUAGCAGAUGUUGAGAAAGAAAAAACUGUGUUACGAUUAGAAAUAAAAGAAUUAGUAUCUCGACAUAAAAAUGAACUGAACAAAAAAGAAAAUAUGCUAGUUGCAUCUGACGAUAACUGUCGGGAAUAUUCAAAGAAAGUAGAACAGAUACAGAUGGAGAAAGAUGAUAUCGUAAACAGAAUGAAAAGUUUGCAGGAUGAUUAUCAAAAUAUGCAACAGAAGAGCGUUCCAGAUAAUGAACUUGAUAAAAUAAAGAAAAGUUUAGAAGAAGAAAGAAUGAAAAAGAUUCAGGCUGUCAAUAAGUUGGCAGAAAUAAUGAAUAGGAAAGAAUUCAGAAACCAGGGUAAAACUAAAAAUGCUAACUCAGAUCAGAGUGUGAAGAAAAAAGACAGAGAACUGAGAAAACUACAACAAGAGUUAUUAAUGGAAAAAGAAAAAUAUAAUAAAAUGGUAGAAAAACAUGGGCGUGAUUUGUCUGAAACCCAGGCAGCUUUAUAUGAUGAAGGACAACAAAAAGCUCAUUUACAGAUGGAAUUAGAUUCUAAAGAUAGUGAAAUAGAACAACUAAGACAAAAACUUGCCUAUGGUAGUAUUGAUUCAACUUCAAUCAACAGUAUAACAAUGGAAGAUGGAGAUGGGUCUGAUGUGAUAUUAGAGGGUUGGUUAGCAGUUCCUAAUAAAUCUAAUAUUAAAAAAUAUGGUUGGAAAAAACAGUUUGUGGUAGUUAGCAGUCGGAAAGUGUUAUUUUAUAAUACAGAAAAUGAUAAACAGAAUUCUGAUCCAGUCUUAGUAUUAGAUAUAGAAAAAUUAUUCCAUGUGCGAUCAGUGACACAGGGAGAUGUAUAUAGAGCUGAAGCUAAGGAUGUGCCAAGGAUCUUUCAGGUGCUGUAUGCCUCAGAAGGUGAAAAUCGACGCCAGUCUGAAGUUCAUGAAAUUGCCCAACAAGACAAGUCAGCUGUGAUUAACUAUAAAGGCCAUGAGUUAAUUCCCUUACAUUAUAGAACUCCUACAACCUGUGAUGCUUGUAAUAAACCAGUGUGGCAUCUUGUCCAUCCACCUCAAGCUCUGGAAUGUAGACAUUGUCAUACAAAAGUACAUAAAGAUCAUUUUGAUAAAAAUGAAGAAUUCAUCGGUUAUUGUAAAGUAAAUUAUGACCAAAAUAUACAAGCAAAGGAAAUGUUGCUGUUAGCUGAAAGUACUGAAAAACAAAAACAAUGGAUACAGCAUUUAAGUAAAAAGAUAACAAAGAAAGGCAUUGUUAGUUCAGGAAAUUUGAGCACUUUAAGAGGGACGAAGCAGUAUUCUUCAUUUGGACCACAAGGUCGUCAAGGUAGUGGUCCGAGAAAUGCAGCCACAUUACCUCCUAACUCACGUCCAGGAUGAUAGCUGUUGAGAAAGGACAAGGGAAAUGGCAGUCAACCAAACAAUAUCUACACAAAGACUGAGUGGUGCCUCAACCUUAUUUCUACCUUUAAAUCUUCCAUUGGACAAAUCACCCAUCUUCCAAUAGUGCUUUGUGAAAAAUGUGCUUUGUAUUUUCAGCAUUCAUAAUUUCCAUAUAAUAUUCUCUAUUUAUAAUUCCUUAGUGGUGCUUUUUAUACAUUAUAUUUUGGGUUAUUAGGUGAUAAAGUUUGGGACUAAUAUUAUUAAUGCAAUGCAAUCACUGUCUCCCAUGAAUUAUCUCCCUUUAUAAGCUAGUCAUUGAUCAGUGUUCAUUAUGAUCUGUUCACUUUUAUAAAAACAAAAAUGUCUCUGGUUUUUACUGUAUAUUUUAAUUUUAUGCAAACGGAACAUAAAAACAUGACUGACACUUCAAAGGAGAAGGUACACUUUGGGAUCAAACAUGACUGACAGGAGUCAAAUUGACCCUAAAUUCCAAGGUAUUUCCAAAGUUCUUAACCUUGCAGAAAUAAAUGUUUAAGCUAUGUACUUUAAUAAAACAUUUCAGUUUUGACUUAAAUUAUUUACUUGUUAGAUGUAAUAAAGCCAUUAAAUGACAAAAAAGUCAGUUUUAUGUUGAAAAAUGGUAUAGAGCAAAACCUUAAGCAAUUGAAUUUACAUGACCAAAUAAGCCACAAAAUGUACCUCCUUCAGUUAUUGAAGUAUCCCAAUAAUAUUUUCCAGGCACACAGUGCCAUUGUAAGCUAUAUUCAUCACAUGGCGUUCAUUGUCUGUCAUCGAAUAACUUUACAAAUAACUUCUCUGGAAUUACAAAGCCAAAUGCAGCCAAACUUGGGAACUAGAGUAGAUAAAAAAAAACUGUAAACAGCAAAAAAAGAUCAACAUAAGAUGAUCUAUAUCUACAAAUAGGUCAAUAUGAUUGAAAUAGUCGAUAAACUCCUUACAGGAGUAGUUAACCCUAAAUCAUAGCUAUAACCCUUUUAUUUUUUCCUAUUAUCUUAAAAAAUACAAUGGAUAGAGAAAAAUCUUGUCCAGCAAAAAUGAUCAGCAAAAAAUAUCUUGUUCUGCACAAGUUCCUUAUCUACUCAAAUAUUCUUGUUGCAUAUGAUCAAGUUUUAUGCAAAAUGAAAGGUGAACAAUACAGGCUUCUUGCAAUCUCUUGUUCAACAUAUAUAUUUUGAUUUUGAUAUUUAUGAUAGAAAUUUUGAUGGAGCAAGAUUAUGCAUAAAUCUGUUAUAUAAGGUGAAAAUUUCUGUGAUCUUUUUAUAAAAAGGGUAAUUUGUAUUAAAUGAAAGAAACCAUACAUCAUUACUUAAUUAAAUCAAAAAUUAAUGUUCAGCUUGUUACUGUAGUCAUUUAAUAGUAGCUUAGGAAAGCCAGUAUACAUCAUGUUGUUGCCACAGAUAUCAUUUUGUAUAUUUAAUAGACUUGCAUACUGUAUUUUAUUAUUAAUUGUUAAAUGUAAUUUUUUAUGGAUUUCUUCAGAACACAAACCAUAUAUACUUAUAUUCAGCAAUUAAGAAGUUAUAAUUAUUUUUAAGAAAUCGAUUUUAAAUGGUACUUAGUAUUACUGAACAGCAAUAUUUUGGUACCUAGUUUUCUCUGUUGAUUCUACAGUAUUUAAAAAGUCAGUUUGUUAAGAAACUUUCCAUUAAAUUAUUUAAGAUUAUAUUAUUAUUGAUUUGUUAUUGAAAAAAUGCCCAUGUAUUGCAUAGUUAGUACAAGUUAUAGUACAGUAGUACCAGAAGUUUAGAAAGUGCUAGUUUAGCAGAUCUGUUUCAUGAUGAAUUUUUGUUGAUCAGAAUCUCUCGUUAUUAAUGAUAUUUAUAUAAUUUGACCAAUGUAAGUGUUCAUAUGUUAACUUAUAUGAUGUAAAUCCAUUAUAUCAUUAUUACAAUGAUAGGAACAUAAUUCAAUCAUAUCAGAGGGAGACUGUUUAACAUAUCUGAUCUACUCUUAGUUAUAGCUAUGGUAUAUAUUAUGAUUAAUUACAACAUUGUUUACAUUAAUAUGGCUGAUAUUUGUUUCUGAUACUGUCUCAGAGUAAACAACAUACAGGUUUUGGUUAGAGACAUUUCUAAACGUAAGAAUUAAUUUCCAUUAAUUAAUGAAAUAGUGCUAUUUAAUUUUCAUGCUUACCAUGAUAUAAACCUACACUAGUGCUAAUUAAUCUACUUUUUAUGCUCUCAGAUAUUGUUGAAUUAUAUUAUUUGUCAUUGAUUUGUAAACUAUGUAAAUAGAUAUGUGUAUAUAUUGUACAUGUAUAUAUAGUGUGUACAUUUAGCAAUAUAAAUGGUGCUGAUUUGUUACAAUCAUGUAAGACAAAUGCUCAGUUAAGGUUGUAAUGGACAAGUGAUAGCUUAAACACCUUCAUUUGAUAAUCAUCUUAUUUGCUUGGCUUUUCCCUUCAAUAGUUAAUAAUAAACAAUAAUAAUUUGAUAAUGACAUACAAUUAGGUUUAUGUUCUACACUACCAAUGGAAACACAAUUCUAUCAUAUUAAAAAUUAAAUCUUAUAAAGGACAGAUUUAUUUCAUUUAUAUUUAUCUCUGUAGUAAUGCUAGUUCUAGAGAGAUUGAAAACAAGUUUUAUAAGGAUAUGUAGCUCAGUCAAAUAUAAAAUAGGUAGAAGUUUUUCCUUUAUAUUCAUAAUUUUUUAAUCAUAAAAAAGGGCAUUAGAAUAAUUAUUAAAAAGUUUUUUGUUUUGGGAGGUUUCAGUUUUAGAGAUAAAAUUUUCAUGCACUUUUUAAAUAUACUCAGGACAAGUCUAUGUUUUCCUCAAAUACUUGGCUUUGGUAAUAUUGCAAUGUUUUGGUACCAAUUCAUAAUUUUGCAAUAUUUGAAAUACUGAGAUUUUACAGUUUGCAAAAGAAGUUUCAUCAAACCAAAUUUACCUCUUAAUAUUUCUUUGUUAAGUGUGUUAUUUUUGGCGUGUUUGUUUUUGUUUAGAGGUACUAUUUUUUUAGUUGAAAUUCCAUCUAAUUCUUAACCACUUUGAUAUGUAUGUUUGUAUGUAAUGGAGUAAAAUGAAGUUCUGUUCAAUUCUUCACUUGGGUUGCUACCUUAUUAACUGAAAGAAGUAAUGACACUGUUGUAAUUGUAAACCUUCCAAUUAUGUCUUUGCAGUCAAAUCAUUUUUGUCACAUCAUCUUUUGUAUUCCAAACUAUCAUGCUAUCAAACCAAAUUGAUCAAUCAGUACAAUAUGUUAUCCCACUUCUACAGGAAGACUUUAGCAAGUCAGAUAUUUUAGUUGUGCAAGUAAAUGAUUUUCAUUAUAACAAUUCUGUAGUCACACUAAGUAGAUAUUGCAGCAUAUCCAAUUUUCGGGAAUUCCAAAUAAUACAUACAAGCAUUUUUAAAUAUUUACAGUGAAUUCAAAUGCAAAAUUGUGAAGCAAACUAGCUACAUACAAAAGAAAUUAAUAGCGAGCAGAAAGGAGUUCUUGUAUCUUCAAUCAUGAAAACUUCAUACAUUUAUAUUACUUGUGACUAACAUAUCAUUUAUUCAACUGUAAAAAUUCUCUUACCUUAGUAUUAUGUUUAACUUUGCUCAUUGUCAUCACUUCAAGGUCAUUCCAGUAAACACUUGCUUACAAAGUCAUCGCCAUGGAGACCAAACUGCUGCUGAUUUCUCAUUGUUUCAUGUACAUUAUCAAAUAUAACUGUUGAACCUGCUUUGUAUUUAGUUGAAGUUGGAAAUGAAAUUGCUUAUAAUUUUAAUGAUAAAAGUAGUGAGUUUGAACAAUAAUACUAUAUAUUUUUAUAUAAUAAGUGUUGCGAAUUAUAAAAAAAUAUAAGACUAAGUACAUAUAUCAUAAUUGAAUAUUUUGAUCAAGUCAUCCCAGUACCAGCAUUAUGAUCUGGGAAAAUUGAAGAGCCUUUUUGAUUUUAAUGAUAAAGGUAAUAUGAAUAGGUGAUUUCAUUUCCAGUGAAGACAACUACCUAGAACAUAUUUUUGAACAUUCCUGUUAGUACCAAGUGCUACCAUUGUGCUAUGCAUGCUGUAUCAUUAUACCUUGUAUAUACUGAUGUACAUAUUUAUGUGAGCUUAAUGGCUUCUAAUUGCAUCAACCAUAUUUUUUAUACUUGUGACACACAUUGUAUAUUCUGACAAACAUGUUUUGCAUAUCACAUGCAACAUCAAUAAAAUUUAAUGCUAAUGAUA